CUUCACAGACGCCACCAACCCCCGGCAUCCCACAUCCGCGCACAGCUGGGUGAAAACCACCCCCAAACUGUGUACGGUGGCUGCACCUGUGCAAGAAAGAAGCGCACCAAGAAGAAGAAACCACACCACCACCACCACCACCGCCGAGCAGACAAGCGAGCGGGGAGGAGAGGAGACAGCGGCCGGCAGCACGAACAAGCCGGGAGCGACGAUGGCUGCCGGGAACGGCGGCGUGGUGAAGCACCUCGUCAUCGUGCAGUUCAAGGAGGGCGUGACGCCGGAGCGGCUGUCCGGGCUCAUCAGCGGCUACGCCGGCCUCGUCGACAAGGUCCCCUCCAUGAAGGCCUUCCACUGGGGAACCGAUGUGAGCAUAGAGAACAUGCAUCAGGGGUUCACACACGUCUUCGAGUCCACUUUCGAAAGCACCGAGGGAGUCAAGGAGUACGUUUACCACCCAGCACACGUAGAGUUUGCAAAUGAUUUCUUGGCUUCAACGGAGAAAGUCCUCAUAAUCGACUUCAAGCCGUCAGCGGCCAACUAAUGGCUUUGGCCAAGUGAGACACCCAGAGUUUCUGUUGCCGCCUGCCCUCGGUGUUGCUUGUUUGUGUUUGUGUUUGAACUUCGUCUGGCAUUUCACAAGUUAAGUACCUUGUGCUAAAUAAAUCCAUUCGGGCUGUUGUAUCUGUUGAGAAUAAAGGCUGGAUUUGGUGCAACUGCGUUCCGACUUUUUCUGGAAUUAAUAAUCAGUAUUAUGUGUGAAA